UGACAUUGGCGGUCUUAUAGCCGCGACCACUCGGGCGCACGCCAUUUCAUUGUCGGCAGCAGAACGAUACACACGCGCCAUGUCUAAGUCUUGCGCUUACGUCACCAACUCGGUUCACGGAGUGCUAGGGCUGGCCUUAGCCUGUGCCGCGAUAUGGCUUUACGUCGAAGUGAAACAAAUCACCGAUCUUCGAAACAGCAACCACUAUUUGCUCGACUACAACCUGUACUGGCCCCAAGUGAUCCCGUGGCUGUUCAUCCUGGUCGGAAUCCUGGUAUUUUCGAUUUCUUUCUGCGGAGUGUUCGGUGCCAAGAAGUCUAGCAAAGGACUCGUUUAUACUCACGUGAUUUUUGUCUCGAUAUCCAUAUUCGCGGCCAUCACUGCAGCUAUAGUGGCGUUGGUGUUCGUGGACAACAAAGUGGCGUCCGAUUUCAUUAAAGAUACGAUAUGGGAUGUUUACUUCCAAUCGAAAACGGAUCAAGAAGUGGCGACUGCGUUCGGGACCAUCGAGAAGAGAAUGCAGUGCUGCGGAGCUGACGGACCAAGAGACUACGUGAACUGGAAGGACAACUUCCCCCAGUCGUGCUGUGACGUGAACUAUCACGGGUUUUUGGAGCCAUACGCCAUCGACUGUGAUAUCACGAACAAAAGGGCGAACGAGCGUCACGGCUGCACUGAAGUCGCAACGCAAUACUCCAGCAUCGCUGUCAAGGUAUUAUCAGCCAUAUCAAUACUAAUCGCAGUGGUGGGAAUUGCAAAUCUUCUGACAUCCAUCCAAGUAUCCAAAAAAUUAAGAAGAAGACCUCGAAAAGUGGAAAACGCGCAAGUAGAAUUUGAGAGCAAGAAGGUGCUAUUGUAAAGGAUGAGUCAUCCGAAUCUGAGUCAUUUUAGUUCGCGUUAAAGUUCCAUUUGGAAUAGCAGGUUACGUAAUGUGGUACCUCAAGGGACAACUCUGAGACACGUUUUAUAAUGUGUUAAUAUCUUAGUUUUUCAAUUCUCGUUUGUAGAAAGUGACUAACUAGGUGCAGUUUGUUAAGUUGAUUUUCCAUUUAUGUGUCAACUGACUGAUUUCUGUCUUACGCAAGUAGGAACUUCAAAAAUUAGUUUAUAAUCAAGUUUAUUUUAUUUUAUGUAUUUAUUUUGUGUUCUUGUUUUAGCUUGUUCGAAGCAAAACGAUUUGGUACAAAGUUUUACCCAAUUGUAAUUUAAUUAUAGUUAUUAAUAAGAAACGGCUAACAUCACAAUUUAUGUAAGUUUUGUGACAUAUUCCACCUGUCUUUAAGUUAUUGUUACUUUAGGAAUUUCAUAAAUAGUAUUAAAUGCUGAUUGUGUAAAUAUAUACAAAGUAUUGUUAGUCAUUUAAUUUUCGUGACGGAUAUUACUUUUCCAAUUAAUCUUCAAUUACUUAGCAAUUAUAAACUAGUUUAUGUUUCAAACUAGUAACUUAUUAACAAAGUUUGUCAUGCUUAGGAAAUUCCAGUGUGAAAUGUUACCUGUAUUUUCCAAAUAUUCUAUUGUUAAGGAUGAGUUUUCUAAAUUAUGUCAAAUGGUUGAAAAAUAGCGAAUUUAUUGUACUGAAAUAACUAUUUAGAAUUUAGUUGUAAUGUUUAAGUUGAGCAAAAAUUGCUACCUUGAAAUGUGUCUGAGAUUUUUGUUAUUGUUUUCCUUAUGCGCAUAAGCAAGUAGGUAACACAAUGAACUAGUGGAAGAUCUCAGAAAUUACUCUAUGUAAUGUAAAGUAAAUUAAAAAUGAUGUACGAAAUAAUGUUGUAAGAUCUAAGGCUGUAAUAUUAUAAUUAAAAAUGUAUUCUUGUUGACUGACGAAACAGAUAACUAUUGUAAAAUAAUUUAUGAAUGCUGAGUUUUUGAUAUACGAUGAAAUAAUGAA